AGCGUGUAAACGGUGUUUCUGCUGACAAUGCGUUUGCAAACAGAGGGUAUGAGUACGAACAGACGCUGAUCAUGGCGACACUCAUUACAUCCUGCUGGAUCCUGAUUGUGGGGAGUUUUGUCGCUUCGACUCCAAGUUUUUCUACGCCUGGACGUCAUCGCCUUCCCACUGUUCCCUCCUUCUCCUCCUCUGGGGUGUGUUCAGGGCCCUGACCUGGCCUGGGCAUGUUAUGAUGAUGAUGUGGUCUUUUGAGGAGCAACUCGUAUGUAUUAUACAUUCGUACGAGGUACUGAUUCACUUUUCUUUUCAAGUCUGACACUGGGGAGAACCGUGUAUCACCAAACUUGUACUUGUAUUUGUAUACAAUUAGGUAGGCCGGUGCCGGUUUUCUUCUUCCAUGCGUAUGUUUUGUACUUGUCCUUUGGAACUUGUCUCGUGCCCACCUUUUGAAAACGAAAAGACAAGCUUCUCUCCGAGUCACUCGUCAUGGCCAGCGACGACGAAUUCGAGCCAGACUCUCGUCAACGAAACUACAGAGCACCCUACACCGCCCGACACCCUAUCCCUACCGUCCAAAAGUACAAGGCCGAGCGAAGUGAAUUGAAGGGACAGCAAGAAGAGGCCGAGUCCGCACAGCACGACGAUGAGGAUGAUUCCAAGGUGAAACGAGCCUACCACGCCGCCAAGGGCGUAAUCACCGGCGACGAGCCUCCGAGGUCCAGGCAUGACCCGUACAGGACCGAGAAUCGAAACGUUCAAGGCGCAGACACCCAUGCCGAACCACGAGAAAGGCCCGAGGCUUCACAAGGAGAAGGAGAAGGAGACGAGCAGAAUGAACAACAACAACAACAACAACAACAACAACAACAACAACAACAACAACAACAACAACCAGGACAAGGGCGUUCACCGUCACAAGGUACUUCUGAUACUCAAAGUAAGAGCGAUGGAAAGUCCGACAAAGAGGCAAAGUCAGCUACCGAAGCUGUCGCGAGCGAGAUCGAUCCCAGACAAAAGAGGAAGGCUAUGAAACACCAAAAGCGCAAUGAUGGAGGCAGAGAAGUGACAGACCCGGUCACGCAUCUUCCAAUCGUCAUCAGAGACUCGACGAGAAAGGACCUAAAGCGAGCAGAUGAGAACCUACCCGCCGUCGGCGAGGACCCGGAGACCAAAACUGGGCCCGCAGGGGCAAGUAAAUCGUCCGAAAGUCUCGAUCGGGAAAAAGACGAAUUACAGAAGAAACACAACGGUAUGCAGAAGCUGUUUCCGCCGCCCAGCUUUGACGACUUGAAGAGUGAAUUGGCAAAGACAUAUCAGAUCGCCCUCGCUGCCGGGUUGGGGAGUAUAGUCCUGCUAGUGUCUCUUUCGAUGGUGGCCGUACAAGUUUUUGACCUGGACUUUUCUUCGCGCCGUGAUGGCAGAAGGCGCUCAAGUGCAGUUUUCACUACUUUCAUACCGGCCGCGGCGAUCUUCCUGACUUCGGUCGGUAUCGGAGGAGUGGUGGUCUGGAUUGUUCAGGGAUGGUUGGGCAAGAAAGUCGAGGAGGUGUGGAAGGAUGAAGUGUGGGAUGCUGCGCGGUCCGAGGAAGUCGAGGCAAAUGACUCGACAGACAUCGUCCCCGAGUCGGUGUCCUGGUUGAACAACCUCCUUGCCUCUGUGUGGCCGCUGAUCAACCCGGAUCUGUUCACCAGCAUUUCAGACAUGCUGGAAGAUGUGAUGCAAGCCUCUCUGCCGAAAGUCGUGCGAAUGGUCAGCGUAGAUGAUCUUGGCCAGGGCAGCGAGGCGUUUCGGAUACUGGGAGUCAAUUGGCUGCCCACGGGAGCUGCCAGUCAGAGUGUCGGGUCGGAUGGAAAGCUGGAAUCUCCGAAAGAUCAGGGCAACAGUGACAGGUCAGCUCCUGGUCAAGGGGAGAUUCAGGAUGGUGAUGAUGGAGAGGGAGAAGACGGCAACGAUGACAAGGAUGGAGGUGAGAAGAACAACCAGGGCAAGAAGCAAGAUGAGUUGGAACAGCAGGCCAUCCGUGAAGGCAUGGAAGCAGAGCAAGGUGACUUUGUCAACAUGGAGCUUGCCUUUGCGUAUCGUGCGAGAUCAUCCGGAAAGUCCCUGCAAGCAAAGGCAAAAAAUGCUCAUCUGUACCUGAAGUUCUACCUGCCCGGAGGCAUUGCGGUACCUGUUUGGGUGGAGCUGAGAGGUAUCAUUGGCACCAUGAGGUUACGAUUACAACUCACACCGGACCCCCCUUUCUUCAGUCUUUGUACCUUGUCGUUCAUGGGACAGCCGCAGGCGGAUUUGUCCUGUGUACCACUGUCGAGGCAUGCGCUUAACCUGAUGGAUGUCCCGUUGAUCUCAUCUUUUGUGCAAUCCUCAAUCGAUGCAGCUCUGGCCGAAUAUGUCGCGCCAAAGAGCUUGACCUUGGAUCUCAAGGACAUGCUGGUAGGUGAUGAUUUCAAAAAGGAUACCAUCACUAGAGGCGUGGUGAUGAUAUUUAUCAAAUCUGCAAAGGGCUUCAAAGAAGGUGACGGUGGCAUCGGUCCGUUUGAAGGCUCGAGCGACUCGUACGUGACAGUAUCCUGGGGCAAAUUCGGCAAACCGGUCGCGUCGACGAGGAUCAUUGUCGACGAUCAAGAGCCAGUGUGGAAUGAAUGGUCGAAUAUUUUGGUGACGCCAGAGGAGGUCAAUGCGGACGAGAAGCUACGUCUACAACUGUGGGACUCGGACAAAUACACGGCUGACGAUGACUUGGGACGUGUCGAGGUUGAUCUGAAAGAACUCAUGCACGGAACCAAGUUCAAGAAUAAGAUGGUCGACCGUGAAGACCGAUUUGUCGGUGAAGAUCCCGACGAGAAGAUGCCCGGGACUUUGCAGUGGAGGGUGGGCUACUUUACCAAGAUCAAGAUCACCGAAGAACAACUUGCACGGCAGACGGCCGAGCCGGACAUCAAGUCUCAGGCGGAGCUCCGCGAUAGAGUCAACGAGACGGCGCAACGUAAAUUGCGCGAGGCCACGGCGAAGGACGAGAGUAAGGAAAUCAAGCAGCAGACACAGGAAGAUUACAAGGACCGGGAAGACCAGUUAAUGAUCUCGUCUCCGCCACCUGAUGAUUAUCUGAGUGGAAUCUUCAGCAUUCAAAUUCACAACAUUACGGGACUCGAGGUGCAGAAGCUGCAAAAGCAGGACAAGAAGAACAAUCAGGGCGAUCGCGAAGACGAGGCCGAGCACAGCGACGACAUGCCUAGCAGUUAUGCAACCAUCAUCUUGAAUCAUCAGAAGAUUUACCGGACCCGGACGAAGCCAAAGAACGCAAAGCCGUUCUUCAAUGCCGGCACCGAGCGGUUUGUCCCCAACUGGAAGACGGCAGAGGUCAUGAUCAGUGUUCGUGACGACCGUGAGCGCGAAGAUGAUGCUCUUCUGGGUAUGAUCUAUCUACCGCUACGACGUGUCUUUGAGAAGAGAAGCCAGAUCAUGCAGACGUACCCUCUGGUGGGAGGGAUUGGCUACGGACGCGCACGUAUCAGCAUGGUCUGGCGUAGUGUGGAUCUGCAGUUGCCGAAGGAGCUGAUGGGUUGGAAUUAUGGUACCCUUGAGGUCAAAUCUCCCGUUCGCUCAAAGGGUGGCCGCGAUGAUUCUUUCACCCAGAACCGGAUCAAGUUGAGAACGAAUCUGAUGCGGGCGAAGAUGCUACCUUCUGAUGACGAAGACAAAGGAGUGUGGAAGCCCAAGCAUGAGAAACAGUCAUUGUUCUUGGCUGUUCGAAAGAGAUAUUCGAGUGCGUUGGUCGUGGAGUUUCGCAAGAGCGUGCUUGGUCCGGACAAGACGAGCCAGCUUGCCGUGCUUUGGUUGAAGGACAUCCCGGACGAAGAGGAAGUGACGGUUCCUCUUAAGGUGUGGAAGGGUGGAAAGGAUGCCAUGCAUCGUGCGACGACGAGCUAUGGGUAUGAUGGGCAAGAGAAUGAAGAGCCCAUGGGAGAGAUUGAGUUGACCUUGAAAAUGUGGAGGGGAUUGAGUGGUUAUCACAAGAAUUAUGCCAAUCGUGCAUCGAAUACUGAUAUUAAGGAUGUGAUGGAAGUUUUGGAUACGGCCAACGAUGAAGGACAGGUAUCCGAUGAUGAUGAAGAUGACGGAGCAGGAGAAGGUGAUUCAGGGUAUAGUUCGGACUCGGAUUCGACAGAGUCUGGAGGGGAUACCGAGAGCGAUGCGAAACAAAAACAAGAAAAACAGAGUCGACGAAGGAACAACAAGAAACUCCGAACGCACGCAAACGAUGAUAGUUCAGACGAAGACAGUGAUGCCGGCAAGACUUCGAAUUCGAAGCUAGACCCCACACAACUGGCGAGCAAACCUUUGGUAAAGGUCAAGGAUGUGGCGGAGAAGGUUCUUAACGUCGACGGGCAUAAUGAUCAAGACGACGGUUCGAGAGGUGCCCGGGCACAAAUCCGGGAUUACAAGGACCAUCAUAAACAGAUGCACAGGAAACACAAGGGGGUGAUGCAGUGGAGGGGCGCGAGGACGUUGGAUUGGAUGGCCGGAAAGGUGAAGCGCGGGAAGGGAAAGAUUGGGGAAGUUUUUGAACAUGAUGAUGACAACAAGACUGGAGGAGUUGAGACUGAGGUGUGAGGACGGUCUCAAACAUGAGGAUGAAGGAUUGAGGUUGAGAAAACGAACGGAAUUGGUAAUGGUAUGGAAGAGUCACAACAGGGUGUCUCACACGUUGAUGAUACAAGCCUCCCUUUGAGUAGAGGCAGGCGACUGAGCAACGAAAAAACAACAUGCUCAUGAUACCCGUGUAUACAAGUGGGACUAUGGAAAAAAGAUCGAUUUGGUUGGGUGAGUAUCGAGUAAUGAAGGCUCCCCAAGCAAUUGACAUGCUGCCUCGGUACCUUUGACAGGUACUUUUAAUGAGUGGUGUACUACCUGUAUCCUUACUAUAAUGCUAUCGCACAUCUGGACGGAUAUGUUCACUGGUAACGAUGAACUCUUCUUUUUCGAUCAUCUCGGCCGAAAAUGUCGUCCUCGUUACGGAGGGAGUAACUUGGGAAACAUAUAGAGGGAGUAAUUUUGGUCCGUGGUCGGAGCAAGUCAUUGACGAUACUCCGUGUACGUAUGAUGGUCUGGCCUGAAUCUGGAGAUAAUCUACUCGGUAGUAGUCGCAAUGGAUGUGAUUUGGUGGGGGUGUAUCAUCCAUAUUACUAAUUCAUCA